AUGACUGAAACCGGUAUAAAUAGUAAGAUGUGGAGUGAGGAAUACGAAAAAAAAGUAAUCCGAAUUUUGCAAGGUUGUGAAAGUGUCACUAAAAACAGAGAGUACUACCAUAUUAAAAGUUCGUUCAAGCUAGAAAAGUUUGCUGGAAUAACAAAGAUAUGUCGAAAAAAAGACAAUAAAAUAAUGACUACCAAAACAAAUGCAUGGCAAAUCAUUCGAGAUUUGCAUAACGCUUGUGGACAUAAAGGAGAGAAAAAAACCUACAAAAAAGUUGCAGAACAUUAUGCUAAUAUACCAAUGGUUAUAAUAAAACAGUUUAUUGAACAGUGCGAGAGGUGCACAGAGAAAACAAAAAAAGUAUACAGUACAGGAAUUGUUGUUAGACCCAUAAUAAAUAAAGAUCUUAAUUCCAGAGCACAAAUCGACUUAAUUGAUUACCAAAGUUUACCUGAUGGUCAAUACAAAUUUAUUUUGCACUAUAAGGAACAUUUAACAAAAUAUAGUAUUUUAAGACCGCUAAUAUGUAAAUGUGCUGUUGAAGUAGCCAAAGAACUUUUAAACAUUUAUUUGGAUUUUGGAGCUCCGACUGUUCUACAAUCCGAUAACGGUAAAGAGUUUACUGCAAAUAUAAUCAAGGAGUUAGGGACUCUCUGGCCUACCUUAGUUCUUGUGAAUGGGAGGCCACGGCAUCCACAAAGUCAAGGAAGUGUGGAAAGAGCAAACGCUACUGUAGAAAAUGCAUUAGUGGCUUGGAUGCGUGACAAUAAGACUUCUUCUUGGUCGUUGGGCCUAAAAUUUGUGCAAUGGGGUAUUAACACAACUUAUCAUGAUGCUAUAAAAAUGGAACCAAACAAAGCUAUGUUUGGUCAGCCAACAAAAUUAGGCUUAGGUUCUAAGAUACCACAAGAAUUUCUUGCUGCGAUAUCCAACGGGAUAACAGAAGAAAAUAUGGAUGAAAUAUUAAAAAUACCAGAUAAUGAGAGUUGUAAGGAGAAUGACAAUGGACAUGAAAUAAUGAAAGAUACAAUGCCAGAAAAUUUUGAAAAAUAUAAUAUAGAAGAAGACAUCUAUAAUCAAGAAGUUACAACAGACACACUUCUGUGCCGACUGCUGGUUUUGGUGAAAUAUCUAAAGAGGAUACAAAAGAAUUUACACCAGAAACACAGAUAG